AUUAAGUAGGACCCGUGAGUCAUAAAAUGUCUCUACUCCACUAAAUGUAUCUCUUAUGUGCUCUGAGAAUCAAUUCAGGAGCUUCUGGAAAAGCUUUAGGAAGAAUCAAACACCUUUUUCCCAACAGGAGCUCCUUGACUGAACAUCUUUCUUCCAAGCUGGAGGACUGCCUCAGAUUAUAUGCCUAACACGCACUGAUCAACUUGUUAAACCCUCUCUCUGUUACACAAACAUAAGUAGAUGAAUCAUUUUCUUCUGUGAAUUGGACUUGGGUGGCGUUUAAAUUCUUCAGCUUUCAUCUGUUUCAGAUUAAAUUGUCAUCGGACACUGUGGAGGGAAAACAAACCAGGUAUGUCAAUAGUCAAUUCCGCUGAAUUUAUUCAUGUUUCAGUCAGUCCUCGUACCUGCAAUUGCAUUCACUCUGUGGUUGAAAUGGCGAUUCUAUAAUAGUCAAUGGAGAUUGCAACAGCCAUUCUACCACUGGUUUUGGAACCAGCAAUAAGUAUACUGCUGAAACGUAUCUCCAAUGCGUCAAACAGUAUCGAUGCCUACCACGAUGAUCUUAGAUCUCUGUCCUCCAGAGUGUCCAUUCUCAAGAGUCUUGUAACCCAAUUAUUAGAUCGCCUCAACAGUUCAACCGGUCGAAUCUCAGAAACCCUGCUAGAGCCCGCCAAACUAUGGUUAGAAAGAUGGAAUGAUGUGAUCGAAGAUGCAGAAACCACCAUUGCAGAAUGCAAUGACGAUGAUCAGGGUUCCACCUGUUGCAUGCCCAGACGGAAUAACAUGAGGAGAAUCAAACAGGCUAUGAAGAACAUCAAAGAGAUGCAUAAUGAAGCCCCAACAUUUAUCAUGACUUUCUUUCUCCAUAUGCUCACUCAGAGCCAGAUUGGGUUCCAAGAUGCAAGAAAUGGAGCCCCCCAAUUAAUAACCCAAAUGGCAGUGACCCAUCCAAUGCCUAAUGUUUUAAGGAGACUGCAAGAUACUGCUUCCACUGUAACCAUAAGUACUGGGUUUAAUGGCCAGUUAUUGUGCGGGGAAAUUGAUACUCAUUCCCCUGACUUUGCCCUGACAAUGGGUUCUUGCAAUCCUCCCAUUUCAGUGAUUGUGAACUGUAGCGAGGAUGAGGGCAAUCCUCUGGCUCUUACAAACAAUGUGGGUAAUGCACAAGAAAUGACCAUACAAUGUUGUGAAGAGCAAAUAUUAAUCACCACCAAUGUUGAUCGCGUUCUGGAAAUUGAGGCAUUGUCUGAGCAAGAGCGAUGGGAGGUUUUCCAAUUCCAUGUCUUCAAAAACAGUCACCACCAGGGGGAUUUGCUUCUGCACAGAAAUGACAUGGAAGAUAUCUCGCGAGCCAUAUUUCGAACCAUUGCGGCCAAAUCGUAUCUGAUCGAAGGAGUAGCACAUAUUCUUGCAAAGUUCAACAAUCCAUUCUAUUGGCAGCUUAAAUCAGCCCUGUUCAGCUCGGCCCCCGAACCCUUGUAUGAUCGGUAUGAGGCUUUGCCUAUGUUCAUUAAGCUCUGCUUCCUUUCCUGUGCCGCCUUUCCUCAAGCUGAAGAAAUAGAUGUUGAAAAUCUGCUGGAAUUGUGGAUUGCAGAGGGUUUACUUUCAAUCAAGCACGACCUUAUUGGUCUGGUUAGCUUUGGAUACCAGGUGAUGAAAUUGCUAUUGCGGUAUAGUUUGAUUGAAGUGUCUGUGUAUGACUGGGCAGGAAGGCCUGUGCGCUGCAUUUUGCCCAGUCGUAUACAUGAAAUGGCCGUCCAAAUUUUGGACCAGAAUGAAAGAUGCUUCUUUAGGCCGCGUCAGAAUUUGGAGCUAUUUUCAUGGCCUGAAAGUCCCCUGUGCCGCAGCAUAUCUCUUAUUGGCAACAACAUAAUAUCUCUUCCAACAAGAUCUGGAUCUGCAUCUGUCCGCUCUUUGCUACUAGCAGGUAAUACUAGGCUUGCUAAAAUUCCCAGCUGCUUUCUCCAGGGUUUGAUUUCGCUUAGGGUUUUAGACCUAAGCGAUACAGGGGUUGUGUCCUUACCAAGCUCACUCGGCGAUUUGAAAAACCUUAUUCAUUUGAACUUAUCGAGAACAAAAAUAAUCAGCCUGCCGAAGAUUUGUAUAAAGUACCUGAAAAAGUUGCGAUCUCUUCUUCUUUCUUGCUGCAUUGAGCUGAAAUCCUUACCUCCAGAGAUCUGCAAAAUCCAGUCUUUGAAGCUUUUGGAUGUCAGUGGCUGCACAUCCUUAACCUCCUUUCCCUACACUAUUAUGGAAUUGAAAGAAUUGCAGGUUUUGAAAAUCAACAGUACACAGGUAUGGAAUUCCAAAUCCGGGCUUCUGGAAGGGAUGGCAGAGUUGUGUUUGACCGGCCAAAGAAGAUAUGCAAUACUGAGUGACCUGAAGACAUUGAUAAACCUGAAACGCUUGCAUCUUGACAGUGAAGAAGAUUCUUUGAUUUCAGAUGGGGUUAUGGGAAACAUGCAUAAGAUGCAGAGUCUCUGGUUAAGAAUGACAAAGCUGGAGCAUCUUCCAGAGGACAUGACGGCCAUGGCAGAGUUGUGUGAGCUUCAGCUAUUGAAGUGCAUGAAAUUGCAGGAACUUCCGAGUUGGGUUUGUGAAUUCUUGGAGCUUCGGUUUCUUUGCUUGAACAGCUGUUACAGCCUGAGAAGCCUCCCCUGUCUAGAAACAUUGCCAUUGUUGCGGGUUCUUGAAAUUGUAGAUUGUGAGGCAUUGAUGGAAUUACCCUCUGAAUUUGGAAGAGAAGGUGCUUUCCCUGCAUUGCAGUCGUUUACACUGAGGGGUUUGAAGAUAAGGUCCCUUCAAAUCCAUAAAGGGGCAAUGCCCAUGCUCAGGCGCAUGGCUCUGGAGAAUUGCAACAACCUAGAGUGCUUGCCAGAAGAGCUUGAGUAUUUGGAGAAUCUUCAAACAUUGGAUAUUACAGCAUCGGACUUGCUUAUUCAGACUAUAGCAUCACCGUCAAAUCUUUGGGCUCUUAAUUCUGGUGUUCAAGUGAUCCCACCCAUAUACAGAGCAUUAAGAAACCAGUAAGGUACAGUAUUCAUUUAGAGUCCUCCUUGGUACUAAAUCUUUGUUUCAAUUUUCCUAGUAGUUUCAUGGAAGAGAUCUUCCAAAUUUCCAAAUUGGGUGCCCAGAAAUUCUCGGAUCGAUUCGUAUGAGUGUAUAGUUUCAUGUCAAACUUGAAAAUUAAACUAUACAAAAUUUUCUCUAUAUUUCUUAAUUAU